AUGCCGACUACAAGUUCCCGUGGGUCAACGUUGGGCCCAAGGGAUCAGCAUCAGACGCUGACCAUUCACGAGAUCGGAUGGACGGUGAUGACCGCGUAUUCCCAGUAUGGUGUGCCAUACUUCAUCAUCGGAGACGAUGCCUUUCCACUCCGCCCCUGGAUGAUGAAGUCCUUUUUCAUGCGUCAGAUGGACCCCGAUCAGCAGAUCUUCAACUGCAGACUGUCUCGGGCCAGACGAGUGGUGGAGAAUACCUUCGGGAUUCUGGCUAUGAGGUUCCCUAAACAGAUAUCGCAGGCCUGGGUCACUUUACACAACAUGCUGAGAACGAGGAACCGGAACAGUCAGAUGAACCUCACAGACCGGGGAAUGGGGACUGUUCACUCAACCCAGGCAAGUGGCGCUCCUACACACAGCUGCUUGAUGGGGAUAACCGGGGUACGAGGAACGUUACCCCACUAGAUGGCACCAACCAAAGAAACUAUUUGAAGGACUAUUUCAUGGGCCCAGGAGCUGUUCAUUGGCAAGAGAA